AAUUGUUUAUUCCAUGUACGAGCUGUCCAAAAAAGAAGAUGGCGGAACCGGGUGAGAGGCUGAGCCCUUUUGUGUAUUGGGGGCAGAAAACUGACCAUAUCUCGUUGAAAAUUGACCUAAAAGACGUUGUUGACCCAAUAGUUGAUUUGACUGAAGAUGGAUUAAAGUUCAAAGCUGAUGGAAUUGGAAUCCGAGGGCAUAACUCCUAUGAACUAGAUAUAGAAUUUUAUCAUCCAGUUGAUCCAGAUAAAAGUAGAUACCGAGUGUUGGAUAGGUGUAUUGACUUCCACAUCCAAAAGAAAGGUGAUGGAGAGGUUUGGCCACGACUGACUUGGAAGAAAAUCAAUCACCCCUGGCUCAAAAUUGAUUUUGAUAAAGUUGCUUAUGAAGAUGAAUCGGAGGAAGACGAUCAGCCAGAAAAUGAUAUGUCCCAAGAAGAAGUCUUGAAACAAUUGGAGAAAGAACUGGAUUUAGACUCAGCUAGUGAACCAGAUGUACCAGACCUCAAAACAAUGUACCUGUUUAUGUACAACCUGUUCCAGUUUGUGGGAUUCACAUUCAAUAGCUGUGUUCUUAUUGUUAAUUUCUUAAGAAACAAAGAGGAAGCGAUAACGUCUGGAUUCCAACUAGUUGGAAACCCUUUAAUGGUUUGUCAGACAGCAGCCAUCAUGGAAAUCCUCCAUCCUAUGCUGGGUCUGGUCAAGUCUGGUGCAUUAGCACCAUUGAUGCAGGUUCUAGGGAGAAAUUUUAUAUUGUUUGUCAUCAUAUUACAUGAGGAAAAUAUACAGAGUGCCCCUAUAGUAUUUUUCUUACUCCUGACUUGGAGUUUAAUAGAAGUUGUAAGAUAUCCUUUUUACAUGCUAGCAGUACUGGACAAGAAAAUUUACAUUGUGACCUGGUUGAGGUACACACUGUGGAUGCCCCUGUAUCCAGUCGGAAUAUUUCUAGAGGGUGCUGUAGUUAUCAUGUCCAUUCCAUUGUACGAGAUGUCGCAGAGGUUCUGUCUGUCUCUACCAAACAAUGCCAACAUGGCCUUUUACUUCCCAUGGCUUCUAUACGCAUAUCCACCUAUUCUUCUUAUAGCUGGUUACACAAUGCUGACUUACAUGCACAAUCAGCGAAGGAAGGUGAUAGGUGGUGUAACCACCUCAAAAUCCAAAAAGUCUUCUUAGUUCCUUUUAAGUUUUCCAUGUAUCAAUGUUGUGAUCAAUCAAAACUAUGCCAUUUAAGGUUCGUUCCCACGGUAAUAGUCAGCUUUGAAUCAAAUUUUUUGAGAAUGCGUGCAAAAUUACAAAUCUUGUUAUAAUGGAUAAUUCUGGCCAUCUGAUUUUCCUCAUUAUGUAUGCAUGUAUUCAAAUGAGCUGUGUUGAUUUACAUGUUGAUCAUUAUACAUAGUUGAAUUUUAUUUAUGCAAAUUUUGUAGUGAUUUGUUCUUAAGUAAUCCUAAUGUAUGCAAGAUGGCAGAGAAUCUGUUGUUUUGAUGUAUAAUAUAAAUGUAUGAAUUUUU